AUGAAGGACGAAGAAGACUUUGCUCUUGACUGGCUUGGCACACGAGACGUUUACAAUGCCACACGUCUCGAAAUCAUAAAUCAAGUGUAUUCUUACAAAGUGACCAACCACACUAUUGGAAAAGACAAAGCUCCCAUCUGCAUUGAACUAACUAAGCUGCCUUUGGAUCCAGUUUUUGAAGAAGAAAUGAAAGACGGAGACGACAAAAAUGAUGAGAAUGAUGAUGAAAAUGACGCUGAUGAAGAAGAUGAUGAGAAGAAGGACGACGAUGAUGAACAUGAUGAUGAUGAUUCGGAUAAUGAUGAUGACGAUGAUGACAAUUCGGGCUAUGAUAGCGAAUCUCCUAUCAUUGGCAACACCAAAUACAUACCUGAUAGAUCCCCCGCACCUUGCCCAUCUCCACCCAAGGACAAUCCCCCUCGUGAUCCGGCUCACUCUAUGCCUCCACCAAGAUACAGUGAAGCUAUUGCAAAUUAA